AUGGGACGCCGACCUGCGAGAUGUUAUCGCUACUGCAAAAACAAACCAUACCCGAAGUCUCGUUUUUGCAGAGGUGUGCCAGAUCCAAAAAUUAGAAUUUUUGAUCUGGGAAAAAAGAAGGCUUCAGUUGAAGACUUUCCUUUGUGUGUACACUUGGUAUCUGAUGAGUAUGAACAACUGAGCUCAGAAGCAUUAGAGGCUGGCCGUAUUUGUGCUAACAAAUAUAUGGUGAAAAAUGCUGGUAAAGAUCAAUUCCAUAUUCGAAUGAGGCUUCAUCCUUUCCAUGUUAUUCGCAUCAACAAAAUGUUGUCAUGUGCUGGAGCUGAUAGGCUCCAAACUGGAAUGCGUGGUGCUUUUGGAAAGCCACAGGGAACAGUGGCCCGUGUUCAUAUUGGUCAACCCAUUAUGAGCAUACGCUCUUCUGAUCGUCACAAGGCAGCAGUAAUUGAAGCCCUUCGUCGUGCUAAGUUCAAGUUUCCAGGACGUCAAAAAAUUUAUGUAUCAAAGAAAUGGGGUUUCACAAAAUACGAUCGUGCUGUUUAUGAAGAACUUAAAGUAGCUGGGCGACUUGCACCUGACGGUUGUAAUGUUAAAUAUUUGCCAGAGCAUGGACCUCUUAAUCAGUGGAAGAAAUUUAGAGAAAUUUUAGCUAAUGCUUGA